UCAGAACCAGGAGAGACACUGUGCCCAGGGCACCCUCUCAGGCGGACCCAGGCAGUGAGGGCCAACCGGCCAGGGCAGUGGCUUGGCGAAGGGCGCGGCGGGGACCUGCGUGAGGAAGCCCUGAGUCCUCAGCGGGCUGCGUGCGACUCCCUGGCGAUGCCUCACAACUCCAUCAGAUCCGGCCAUGGAGGGCUGAACCAGCUGGGAGGGGCUUUCGUGAAUGGCAGACCCCUGCCUGAAGUGGUGCGCCAACGCAUCGUGGACCUGGCCCACCAGGGCGUGAGGCCCUGCGACAUCUCCCGCCAACUCCGUGUCAGCCAUGGCUGCGUCAGCAAGAUCCUUGGCAGUAGGUACUACGAGACUGGCAGCAUCCGUCCUGGAGUGAUAGGGGGCUCCAAGCCCAAGGUGGCCACCCCGAAGGUGGUGGAGAAGAUUGGCGACUACAAGCGACAGAAUCCUACCAUGUUUGCUUGGGAGAUCCGAGACCGGCUCCUGGCUGAGGGUGUCUGUGAUGGUGACACUGUGCCCAGUGUUAGCUCCAUCAACAGAAUCAUCCGGACCAAAGUGCAGCAGCCAUUCAACCUCCCCAUGGACAGCUGCGUGGCCACCAAGGCCCUGAGCCCAGGACACUCGCUGAUCCCCAGCUCAGCUGUAACACCCCCAGAGUCACCCCAGUCGGAUUCUCUGGGCUCCACCUACUCCAUCAACGGGCUCCUAGGGAUUGCUCAGCCUGGCAAUGACAGCAAGAGGAAAAUGGAUGACAGUGACCAGGACAGCUGCCGGCUGAGCAUUGACUCCCAGAGCAGCAGCAGCGGGCCCCGCAAGCACCUUCGGACGGAUGCCUUCAGCCAGCACCCUCUUGAGCAGCUCGAGUGCCCAUUCGAGCGGCAGCACUACCCGGAGGCCUAUGCCUCCCCCAGUCACACCAAAGGCGAGCAGGGCCUCUACCCACUGCCCUUGCUCAACAGUGCCCUGGAUGACGGGAAGGCCACCCUGACCCCGUCCAACACACCCUUGGGGCGCAACCACUCUACUCACCAGACCUACCCUGUGGUGGCAGAUCCUCACUCACCCUUCGCCAUAAAGCAGGAAACCCCCGAGGUGUCCAGUUCUAGCUCCACCCCUUCCUCUUUAUCUAGCUCCGCCUUUUUGGAUCUGCAGCAAGUCGGCUCCGGGGUCCCAGCCGGUGCCUCGGUCCCGCCCUUCAAUGCCUUUCCCCAUGCUGCCUCCGUGUACGGGCAGUUCACGGGCCAGGCCCUUCUCUCAGGGCGAGAGAUGGUGGGGCCCACGCUGCCUGGAUACCCACCCCACAUCCCCACCAGUGGACAGGGCAGCUAUGCCUCUUCUGCCAUCGCAGGCAUGGUGGCAGGAAGUGAAUACUCUGGCAACACCUAUGGCCACACCCCCUACUCCUCCUAUGGCGAGGCCUGGCGCUUCCCCAACUCCAGCUUGCUGAGUUCCCCAUAUUAUUACAGUUCCACAUCAAGGCCAAGCGCGCCGCCCACCACCGCUACGGCCUUUGACCAUCUGUAGUUGCCAUGGGGACAGUGGGAGCCACCGAGCAACAGGAGGACUCGGCCUGGGACAGGCCCCAGAGAGUCACACAAAGGAAUCUUUAUUUAUUACAUGAAAAAUAACCACAAGUCCAGCGGCUCACUCCUUGUGUGGUUGACUUAAUGAACCAUGAAAGACAGGAUGACUUUGCAGAAGGCCAAACUGUCCUCCAAGACUCCUUCAUGAGGGUGGGAGUCCUAGGCAGUGAGAACUGUCCCAUUCCCAGAGAGACAAAGUUGGAGGAGAAAUGUGGAGAGAAAAGGCAACAACUGAGGCACUGGAAGGGGUGGCCAGUGGGGCCUGCAGUGGGCUUAGAGGUACAUGAGGCCACCUCUGUGGCUCCGUCAUCAACACACUGUAGCAGUCGUGAGUGAUAAGCGCUUUCAACCAACCCACAAGCCAGAGCCCAUGACAAGGCUCUCCCUCAGCCACUCUGCAAGUCACCCCGCCUACCCCUGAGCCGAGCCUCUGGAUCUCCACCUCUGCUCUGCCAGCUUGGUCUUCCUGCUCCUCUUUCAUGACCACAGGCUGUGGGCUGGGUCCAGUCAACCGGAAGCUUGAUCCAGUGGCCAGCACACCUACUUUUUGCCUGUUGCUGUGAACAUACAAGUGCACCCCAGAUUUUCUCCUGCCAGUCAUCCACAGUUUGAGACGGACUUUCCAAAGGGCCUCUGGCUCCUGGGGGGUAAGGUGCAACCUCCCAGGCAGAGCAAGGUGGAGUUGCUGGGGCCCGCUUCCCUCUCCCAACAGCCCCCGCCAAGCCAGCGUAAGCGUGCUGCCUGCAGCCCAAGCCCACAGCAACGGAAGAGCCCAGGAGGCAACCCUGGAAGCCAGCAGUGGAGGUUCCCGCUCUGCCCCCACACAGAGCUCUUGCCCCCAAGGCCUGACUGUAAAUACUGUAAAUGAAGCUGUUUGGGUCAAGCUUCCCUCCUUCCUACCCAGACUUUGGCCUCUCAGUGAAUUGUCUCCCUGCGUGUUGGGCUUCUCUCCUUGAUGCUUCUUUCUUUUCGAAAGAUAACCCACCAUUGCCACAUGACUCAAUAAACCAUUGCUCUUCCUCUAAGGCUUUUUCUGCAGAGAACCUCUGGGCCCAGGGGUGAGGGAGCCCACUGUGGGGCUGAGGUUGAAAGGCCUAUCUCUGCCCAAGGACUCUCGCUUAGCACCUCCCAAUGCCCUUAGUAGAUGUUCAACACCCAACAAACCACUCACUCCCAGCAAGCUUUGAUUUCUCCAGCUCUGAGUAAAUGUGAAGAUAAAAUGAGCACGUAUAUGGUGCCAGGCUAACCACACACUCCACACCAGUA